AUGAGCACCAAACACGCCAGCGAGAGUGAUGAGGAAGAUCUUUCUAUUGAAAUUAUGCAUGUACAUAAAAUUGAUCAUUCAUCAUCUCCGAGUAGUAGUAAUAGUGGCACAGAUCGGACUGGUACCGACAAUUUAAAUUCAUCAUCACCAUUAUCGUCAUCAUCAAGUCAAUAUUUCAACAAUGAUGAAUAUCGAUUUCUGACGCCGAGAGAACGUAUCAAAAAGUAUUACUCUUCAUUUACAUCAUAUAACAAUAUGGAUUUUUCAUCGGUGUUGAACGAUCCAAAGGAUGCUUCAUCUACAUCCUCUCCACUCCUUUCCUUGUCCAUGCUUUCAUCGUGGUUUUCAUCGUCGUCGUCCUCUUCUCAGAGCAAUUCGGCAUCAAAUUCUUCAAAAAACACUCUUGACGAAAAUGGAGACGAGAUUAUCCAUGGACUUUCCGCAGAAGACUAUGCAUUUAUUGAUUCCCUCAGUGAAAAGAAUUAUGAAUCUAUUCAAGUAGAAAAGAAAUUUGAUUCACGGUACCGAGCACACAAGUCACGAAAAUCAAGCAGUGAAACACCAUUAUCAUUGGCAGUGGGAAAUGAAAUUUCGUUAUCAGACUUUAGGAGCUAUUUUGAAAUGUUGGAAAAGUUUCCCAAUAGAGACGAUUUGAAAAAACAGCUUUCACAUCGGUCUUUAAAAGCAGAGUAUUUCAACAAAAUUUUUAACACAGAAAAUGAAGCAGCAUCUCUAUUGUUACAAGAAAAAUUAAGUUAUUAUCUAGACCAAGUAGAAAACCAAGUUCAAAAGCAAGUCAAUUAUCGAUCAUCAGAAAUAUUCGACUCCAUGAUUAAGUAUAACGAUUUAUAUGAAACAUUGCUUCAAUCACUUCCUCUUGUACAAGAACUGAGGAAAAGAAUUUCAACAUAUGAACAAGGGGCCGUGUUACGGCCAUUGGAGGUUGCAAAUUUAGUUCGAAAAAAACAAAAUUUGAACAAGACAAUCGAAUAUCUUCAAAUUAUUGAGUCCAUGCAUGAAAGUAUGGAGGCCGUUAAAUUGUUAGUGUCACAGCGCGGAGAUUUAUUAUCUGCUUUGGAGAUUUUAUCAACUAUUGAUCAUACAUUUCAGAAAAGCAUUGAACUUUCUAAUAUCUCAUGUCUCAAACACAUUCCCAAAGAAAUUAAUAUUGAACUUCAAGUUAUUGAUGAAACAAUUAAGCAAGAAUUUGCAGAACUUAUCACUGAGGUUAUGAGCGACACCGAGUCAUCAGAAUGGACUUGGAGUUUAUCUUCUCUUCUUACUUCUGUGUUGCAUAGAGAUUUAUCUAGCUCAGUAAUGCUUUAUACAAAAAAGCAUGUUGGCACAAUAUUGAUGGAAUUGUAUGAAAAAGUAAUGUCACCCCUCAAAACAGAUGUGUCAGAAGAUGUAAAAUUGACUGUAUCAAAACUUGAACCUCAACAAUUUUGCGAUAUGUUCGAAUCUUUGACCAAGAAAUGCCUGGUAAAACUUGAGAGAAUUUCAGAGUUCUCACAAGCUGUAGAUAAAUUCUGUAAGGAAGCCAACGAAAAAACCAAUGUAAAUACCGACAAAAUUGUGGUGAACAGCGUCAAGCUGAAAAACUUAAAUCGGGAAACUCAAAAAAUUUUGCUAUUUAUGAAUGACAAUAUUCAACAAUAUUGUUCAACGAUAUGCAGUGCCAUAGAUAAUAGUAUCAUCAAAUUUCCAAAUGCCACACUUUCUCGGUACAUGACCAUUGGAAAUAGCUUUAUAGAUAGCUGUGACAAGUUGUGCAAUCAGAAAUCUUCAAUUUUGAAAGGAAAAUUCCAAUCUCAUGGACAGAUUUAUCUCGACCAAUUCCACACUAUUUAUGUACAACGAUUGAAAAAACGUUUAACUCGCGACAGUUGGGAAUCUGUACCUAGCAUUCCAGAAAAGUAUCAAAAAGCUGCUCUUCAACUUUUGGGUACCGCUACUGCAGCCACUGUAUCCACAUUUACAUCUUCUCAAACCACUCCUACCAAAAAUUCCUCUCCUGUCCCUUCUCUACUUCGGUCAGAUUCAUCUCCAAAUCUUGCGCAAACACCUACAGAAGAUAAGUCCUCGUACAUUGUUGCCAAUGGAAUCAAGUUUAAACUUUCAACGAGUAGCUUGUGCCUCCUCAAAUUCAUAUCCAAAUAUUGUACUCUACUUUCUAAGGAAUAUGUGUUCAUUAGUGCAGUAGAUUUGCAUGGAAGAAUUCUCAAACUUAUGCAAGUAUAUAAUUUGGAACUGAGGGAGUUGGUACUUAUGGCCAAAGCAAGAGAAAUUAACAAUGCCAUUACCACCAUUACUCCAAAACAUUUGAUUCUUGCAUCUGAUUGUAUUCACUUUUUAAUCAUUCUAGUUCCCUAUAUUCAAUCUAAAAUUGAGGAUGCUCUUCAAGAAGGACAAAAAAAACAAUUGGUUAAAUUCAAUGAUUUUGUCAAUGAUUUGUUGGAGCAUCGUAUCUCAAUAUUCGAGAAAAUUAUUUCAAUUUUAAUAGAGGCUCUAAAAGCGCAAUGCGAUGGAAUUACCAACUUUAAUUGGAAUGACAAGUUGGACCAAAAGACUCAAACCCCAUUCAUUACCAUGAUUAAGCAAACUAAUAGUGUUCAUAGAACUUUAAGUUCGAGCACAUUUCUUUCUUCCAAUGCAAUGGAACUUCAGAAAUAUUCGACGCGAGUCUAUGAUUUACUCAUUGACAAGAUUUGUGAAGCCAUUCAAAAGGUCAACACUUCAUCAACACCCAAUCUUUUUAAAACGGAGCCUGUCAAAUCGCGUGUGAUCGCUGACAUUUCACUCAUUCAACGAGAAAUCACAAAGAAGACCGAAUCAUCAUCCGAUCUUCCAAAGAUUGAAAAAUUGAACAAUUUAAUUGUUUGA